AUGGAUGGUGAUCAAUAUGGGUUGAAGGGGCUUCUUGGUGUAAUCAGAAUGGAGAACCAGGAUCUGAGCAUGCUCGCGCUUGGUAAUGACCUUACCAGCUUGGGCUUGAACAUGAACCAGUCAGAUGACCGACCGCUUUACGCUUCGUUCAACUCACCUUGGAUGGAGACCAACAACAAAGACGUAGAACCAGUAUAUCACCUGCCUGCAUGUUACAACGUCCAACCCCCACCACCGGCGCAUACCAAAAUCCAGAGCUUCUCCGACGAGACGCUGUUCUACAUCUUCUACUCCAUGCCACGAGACGUGAUGCAAGAAUAUGCUGCGGCAGAACUGACAGCAAGAAAUUGGCGAUACCACAAGGAGCUCCGUAUGUGGCUGACAAAGGACCCUAACGCUGAGCCGAACCUCAAGACGACCGCGUAUGAGAGAGGAGAGUACGUGUUCUUCGACCACCUACACUGGGAAAAGAUCAGGAAGGAGUUCGUGCUUGUCUACGAAGCCUUGGAGAACAGACCAUUUAGCAUCAACGGCGCGACUCCAUCGAUGGGGUCACCUUCUGCGGUCCAGGCACAGCUUGCGGGAACUCCGGCACCGGGUCAUGCUGCUCCUAGCUUGCCGAACGGAUUUUGA